AUGGCUUCCUCAAGCGAUGCGAAGGGCUUCAAGCAGGACAUGGUCGUUUCAAUACGAUAUCGAAAUGACCUCCCUCCUCCACCGAUGCCUCCGAAGCUCCUGGACAUCGACACCGGCGGCCUGGCGCAAUACCUCACCACGGGCUAUGCCUCUGCCCUGGCAAAGCGUGAAGAACCGAAUAUUGAGGUAGAUGCCGAGGGUGGAAUGCCUAUUGACAUGAUUGGGGUGCCGGGUUACUUUCUGGGAGACGAAAGUGCGAUUAUGGCGCCUGAAAUUCAGCCUGUCCUCGAUCCCGCCGACCACGCCCUCAUAAUGUCCCUCGAUCAAAUCAGAAGUCAGGGUGCAAAGAACAACGUUUCCUUCCUGCGCAAGACACAGUACAUGACAUCCUCACAAAUGGCUCGAGCAAAUGAUCCUUUCGUGCGCUCCACGUCCAAAGCUCGAAAGAUGUCCGAAAGCAAAGCUCCUCCUACACCGGUCGCUCGAGAUGACAAGGAAAAUAUCAAGAGACAUAUCCAGAAAGGCUUUGACAUCGCGUACCCGGAGAGCAUUCCAUUCAAUCCUCCGGAAGCGAAAGCCAAUCCAGCCUCUGCACAAGAACGGGAUGCCUGGAGAAAUCCGGCCCAUCCUGACAAUCCGAGACUCAAACCAGUCGCGUUCUAUCCCAUUCUCCCGGAUCUUGACGCCGUCACAGAUAUGGCAGGUAACUGGCAGGCCUUGAAAUUUGAAAAGCCGCCUUUACCACCUUAUCAUGGCAAGAGAGAUGACCGGAUCGACGUGGGCUUACUCAUGGCCUCGGAGAACGCAGCGCAAAUGCCCACAUGGCGGGCAAAGAAGAAGGCCUUUACAGAACAUCCUCAGCUUUAUGAAGAUCCAGGACCGGAACCAUACAUCUGGUCACUUCAAGUCCCCAAACAACCAGACUCUGCAUCUCGAAUCAAGAAGAUCUUGGACGACUCGAAUCCCUACAAAGACGACCCCGCGCUAUACGCCCCUCUACUCGAAGAAUCCGCUGAUGGCUCAUCACGUUUGCCUUUCGAACGAGUUCGCAUCUACCGAUCUGCUACCCAAAAUCCAGUCGACCCUCGCCGAACCAUGGGUCUCUCACUCGUCAACGCCGACAACCUAUCCCCACCAUCUCGAUUCCGUAAGCAAGGCACCGCGGCAUACUACUACCCGAUCUUGGAACGUGUACGCAUGAAAACCGACCGAGGCAAUCUAAGCAAAUCGCGCAGUCAAUCCGCCGAGGACGAGCUGGAGGCUAACAUUCCCGACCAACUGAUGGUGCUGUUCAAAGAGCCCAGUCCCCAAGAGAAAGCGUCUCGGCAUCAGUUCCGUGGCGACUACGACGCUGCCUUUGCCGCAGAGUAUGAACAGUUGGUACGUGAGGGAGUGGCGGCGGAAGAAGCGCUGCACACGGAGGAGAUUCCGGAUGAACAGGACGAAUCACCUGAAGGCGCGCAGGAUGUAUCUAUGCACGAAGUGACAGAUACAGAAAUUGCCAUGAACGGUACCUCUCAUAAAGUCCGGGAGGAUGAUUGGAAUACGCCUUCCGUUAAUGGUAGGAAUGCUGAUGGCGAAGACGACGACGAUGAUAUGCGCGACGAUUGA